UCAAAACGUGCUGGAUAUCAUUAAGCGAGGUGGCAAGAUCUGCAGUCCACUCACUCUUGUCCCCUGUCAAUAGCAGUACCCGGUCAAUGCAGCCCUCGUUUAGUGAUAGAGACGUAUCACAUUGCUGCCGGCAAUUGAACCCUACUUCUCUUGUAGUAAACCUCAGGCCCCAAGCUCUUGAGUGUUCAUUGCCGGUCUUUGCAAUGAGGGUUUUGACCACUCUAGUAGUCCUCAUUUCAACCUUUUCCAAUGUUACGACACUGGCGUGGUCAAUAGAAAGCCGAAAUGCUAUUGCUGGGACUGGUGCUCGGAAAGUGUGGCCGCCAUGCGUCGAAUUGGCGGUGAGGAAAGAGUGGAGAACUUUGACCACUGUUGAGAAACGCUCGUAUAUUGAAGCAGUGAAGUGCCUUACCACAAAACCGGCCAUUUCAGGAUUUUCUGCUGCAGUCAAUCGCUUUGACGAUCAUCAAGCAAUUCAUAGCGAUCAGACUCCCAACAUCCACUGGGUCGGUCAUUUCAUUCUCUGGCACCGCUAUUUUGUGUCAACCUACGAGAAAUCUUUACGACAAGAGUGUGGGUAUGCAGGUGGCCAGCCAUACUGGGAUUGGUCCCUCGAUGUCUCAUCCGACAACAGUAGCAGCACAGCCGUCUUUUCUAGCCCAAUCUUCGAUCCAGAUACAGGUUUUGGUGGCAAUGGAGGCUAUGUCCAGUCUAAUAGUACUACGAACCCAUUCAAUCUGACAGGACGCACUGGGGGUGGCUGCGUGAAAGAUGGGCCCUUUACGCAGGACCAAUUUCUGGUCAAUGUGCCCAGUUCGCACUGUCUCACGCGCGAUUUUAUCCCUACGAUCAUGAAUAGUUUUGCUCAACAGAGCCUCGUGGAUGAAGUUCUGGCUGCGACAGAUUACACUGCAUUUGCCCGGGCCGUGGAGAAUGUGCCAAGUUUUGACCAGCCCAAUAUUCAUGGGAGCGGCCACUUUGGAGUCGGAGGGGCCUUGGGCACCAUAGGUGACGCGUACAAUAGCCCUGGCGACCCUCUAUUUUAUCUACAUCACGGAAAUCUAGACCGUAUCUUCUCACUGUGGCAGUCGAAAGACCCUCAUGUGCGGUUCAAUCAGGUUGGUGGCCCGAUCGUGCCUUUCGACUACGGCGGGCAGAACGUAACACUGGACUUCGAGAUUCAUAUCGGUGCACUGGCUCCAAACGUCACUUUGAAGCAGGUUUUAGAAACUGAGGGGGAUGUCUUGUGUUACCAGUAUGCCAACCUAAUGCAGUAACUAGACUGAGUAAUUGCAAGUGGCAUUGAAGUCCAUUAACUAAGUGGAGAUUGAUGUUCAUAAGGGUUACUUUUCAGUCUUUUUCUUAGCGUUUACUAGUUCUAUUGAUGGCUGAGAAUUUAUGUAGUGGUCACUAUUAUGAGAAUGUGCACCAUUGCCUCACACUUACGGGGAGACACUGGCGCUUUAUGAAUUGGUAAGUUAGAUUGAUACCAAGAGCAAUUACGCAACGUUUAACCUUUUCAGUGGAGCGGCUGAAAAUUGAGUGAUGUUGAAGUUGAUAACUUUCAGAGCACACCACUCAUUCAACUAUUGAGAACUGUAUUGAGUCUAGUUUAUCAUUACUGAAUAGUUGGGACUUGUCAAGUUGUUUAAUACUUUUCUGUGCUGCAGUCAUAUGGUGGCAAAUUGUAGAUUCCAGACUAGGAUAUCCUCGAUUCAUAAGAUCUGUUGAAGAUGACAAUUACUA